CGCCGGCUACGGCCAGUUCUCUCAAGCUCUCACAGACAGUCUCACUCACUCAAUCAUUCGCUCGAUCUUUCAUUCAGGUGCAUCUGCUAAAAAAAAUCGCCCCUGGACCUCUCCUUCAGAAAUUCAAAGUCGCUGCUCGCCAGUGUGAAUUGGAGCUCGACUCUGCUAUUCGUUGUCUCUGCGAUUACUCCGGCGAAGUCUGGCGCUCGCUUUUGCUACUUUGUAACUCUGUUACUCAGGUCAAACCCAAAACCCUAACUCCAAAUUGGUACCAGUUUCACCGAUUUCCACAUUUUCUUUGUUGCUCUGCCAUUCUAGUUCUUCCCGGUUGAGUUAUUGAAUCGGACGGGCUUGAAUCUACUUACGUAUUCACCAUUUUCAGACGAGGAUACCCAUUGUAUUAACUCUAUGAUUGCAGCAGUGGAUUUUUGUUUGAGCUCCCCGAUUCCAUCAUGGACGAUCCUCUCUCAUUCAGACCGAAGAACAUCAUGGAGAGCAGCAGUUUCACCGAUCAUCAGCGCCGAAUCCAAUUCAUUAUUCCAACAGAGCAGCAGAAGAAGGUGCUUAUUUUAUGAUAUGCAUAAAGAGGUGAUUCCGUUUGCUGAGGCAUGGUCAUGGCAAAAAUCGGUUGUCGAGGAGCGAAAAACAUUGAUCGAUAGCAAUGAAGAUGGUUUGGAUGCUUUGAUUGCGCUCCAGCAUCAGCCCGUUUAUACAUUGGGUACUGCUAGUUCUGAAAACAACUUAAAUUUUGACAUAAAAAAUCCCCCUUUUCCAUUAUAUCAAACAGAACGUGGUGGUGAAGUUACUUAUCAUGGGCCAGGCCAGCUAGUGAUGUACCCGAUCAUGAAUCUUCGCUACCAGAAGAUGGAUCUUCAUUGGUACCUUAGGGCACUGGAGGAAGUGGUCAUUCGUGUUCUUUUCUCAACCUUUGGUCUGACGGCUUCUCGGGUCGAGGGUCUAACCGGAGUCUGGGUUGGGGACAAAAAACUAGCGGCAAUUGGAAUACGAGUUUCACGGUGGUUGACGUAUCACGGGUUGGCGUUGAAUGUCUCGACUGAUCUUUCGCCCUUCAAGGAAAUAGUUCCUUGCGGAAUACGAGAUCGCGGAGUAGGAAGCAUCAAGGAACUGCUAAUAGGUUAUGAUGGUGAUGAUGGUAAACUCAUUGAUAUUGCUCAUGAUUCAUUAGUGAAGGAGUUCUGUCAAGUUUUCCAAGUUGAACUGUGCCAUCAGCCUAUAUCAAUGCUUAAUCAUUGAAGUUGCCUUCUACAUCUUAUUAAAUAUUUUGUUCAAAAUUUACAAAUUAUAAAUCAGUGAUUUAUGGCUUA